AAUCCAUUGUAGAUUGCAGACGAGCUGACUGACAGCAAGAAUUGAAAAUCGAUCAAACCAAAUCAAAAUUAAUCCAAAAUAAAAUAAAACAGCACCUUGUUGCCGAAAUCUUUUGCUUCUGGAUGAUGGCUAUAAUCAGUCAUAAUAUUUUAAAAUUAUUAUGUAUAUUUGUGGUAAUUAUAAAAUUCUCCAACUGUGAGAGACUUCACAAACAAAUAUAUUCAUCUAUUGAGGGAGGAGCAGCGUGCUUCAGAAGGCUAAACGGCACCCAACAAGCAGGAUGUUCAUCUUCAAACAAAGGUACAGUAGGUGCAGUACAGAUGGUCCGCAAAAUAGAUGAUGCACAAUGGAUAGCUUUCAAUGGGACAGCUGGGCCUUACAUGGCUGUUGUUAGCACAGCAAUAUUCCAUGAAGUUAUUGAAAUACUGAUGUCUCAUCCAGAAAAUGUAGCAGGCAUUUUACUCUUUGCUAAUGUAACAAUGAGUGCACAUGCAUUCACUCAAGACUCCAAGUGUCCUAAUGAAUACUCAUCUGGCCCUGGUAGCCAAUGUUCUUCCCAAAAUAGUGCAUCUGUCUGGAAUGAAGCCGGCACAGAUCUCUUGAGGAGGGAUAUUCCAUUCCCAAUAUUUUAUUUGCCCGAGUCAAAGAUUGAGGAAAUAGAAAAAAUUGAAAAUUGUUAUGAAAGAUAUAAUGUUGGAAAAAGUCAAAAUGAUCAACCAUUAUGUUCAUUGCAACUAUCUUCAUUCAUGUUUGCUGCAGUAAAUUCUGUUGUUUGUUUAAGGAGAUCGGCCACGACAGCCCUUUUGACGCCUACCAAAGUGUGCGACCCUCUGGGCGAUAAUAAUGUUUAUUAUUCGCUAUUUCCAAGAGGAAAGGAAACAAAUGCUACUAAAAAGCCUGUCGUACUAGCCACAGCGAGAAUUGAUACUGCCACAUUAUUUGAUGGCGUGUCUCCCGGCGCGGCCAGCUCGGUGGUCGGCGCGGUGACUCUCAUUACUGCGGCAGCCACUCUCGCGCAGGUCAUCCCUGCAUCUGAUGCGCAUUUAUAUAAACGCAAUGUGCUCUGGACACUGUUUAACGGUGAAGCAUUCGACUACAUCGGAUCGCAACGAGUUGCGUACGACAUAAGCCGCAGGGCGUGGCCCGCCGUCGCGCCGCUCUCUGAGUCUGACAUUCCGCUGCAUUUGGAGAUAGGCCAGUUGGGUGGGUCUCUCUUGACGAACAAGGACAGCGACGCAUGGCCCAUGUAUGCCUAUGUGCCGGACAACAUGGAAAUUCGCGAGUUGUUCCUCCAACAAAUGUCGUCGAACUUGGCUGCAUACAAUAUGACAUUAGAGCCAGUAUUCUCGUCAAAUAUUCCACCAUCGUCGCUUCACUCGUUCAGAAGGAUUCUUCAGAACGCCACCUCUAGCGGGGCUAUACGAGAGGUUUUAUUAACCGACUACAAAGAAAAGUUCACCAAUUUGUUCUACAAUUCUGCCUUGGAUGAUUAUGACAAGAUCGGUUUCGUGUAUCGCAACAUUAGUAUUGGAAGCGAUGGCAAAUUUGUUUCAACCGAGGAACUGUUGGCGAAUGGAACCAUGAAGAGCAGUGACGUGCAGGUGAAGAUAGCGCGGCUGGCGACGGCGCUGGCGCACACGCUACACGAACAGGUCGCGGACGUUGCGUACGCGGGGAACGUCACCGCUUCCGCACACUUGGUGGACGAGAUGCUGUACUGCUUCCUGGUGAGCCAGUCGUGCCGACUGCUGGCGGCGGCGGACUACCACAGCGGCGCGCGCGCGGAGCCGCUGCCGGCCGCCGCGGCGCCGCUGUACGUGGGCGUGGCGGCCUGGGGCUCCACCGCGCCCGUGUUCGCCGGGCACCUGCUGGCGCUGCUGGCGGGGCAGCCGCUGCCCGCCAACCGCACGCUCUGCGACGCACAAAGCGACCAGGAUUACUCGUAUUAUUGGCUAAGAGGAUGGAACGACUCUGGUGUUUGUAUACAGACGACAAUGAAUUUCAGUCAAGCCGUCAGUCCGGCCUUCAUCAUUCCAGAUUACGACUUCACAUCAGGUGAAUACUCAACAUGGACGGAGUCUGUGUGGCAAGCUAUGUGGGCGCGCGUGUUCGUGUCGGCGAGCGGCGCCGGCGCGCGGCUGGCGGCCGUCGCCGGCGCUGGAGCCACCGCGCUGGCGGCCGCACUCACCUUCUGGAUACACCGACAUUCUUCUAUAGUGUUCGUCAACGCCCCAGCUGCUCUGGUCAAUAACGACGCCGCCUCCGGGAUCUUGAGGACUGUGAACUGCUGAAGGCUACAAGUCGAGAUAGCGAUCGUCUAGCUAGACAGAGAAGGCUAUGGUCACUUUAGACUUUAAUGUCACCCGAACCAUUCCAUUUUAGCUACGUACGAUCAUACAUAUAUACUUAAGUCCUUUGACAGAUAAUACCAGAAUUAAACUUUCUUAUAGUGAAAUAUAAGACGUAAUGUAAUAAAUAUUAUUAUAGAUGUAUUAAUGGCAAUAUGUACUGACUUUGCGCGGGUUUAUUUUACCUAUAAAUUAUAUGAAAACGACAUCUAAAUACGUUGGGUAGGAAGCUUAUAAUUUCCCGACCGAUAGAGGGACAGACAAUCGACUGAAAUACCCGACAGAUAAAGACGACAGACAGAAUGUAUACUAGUAAGAAAUACAAACAUGAAUGAUAUAAUGUGGUGUGGUGUGUACAAUGCAUGAACCUUAUCGGAAUACUACAAAAAAUGUCGCAGCCAAGAAAGGCAACAGGACUCUUAUUUCUGUUUGAAGGCUUGAGGUAAGUCACAGGGACUUCUCGCGAACUUUUCAGGCAGCUAUUUUUCCUAAAUUAUCACUACAAAUUUAGGAAAAAUCUUUGUAAGAAUAACAUUCGAUAAAUUAAUCUAAGGUACGUUAAGCGGUGGAUGUACGGUACUGAAUAAAAAUGUAAAAAAUAAACGAAGCGUCUGUUAACAAACUCCAUCAGCUUUCUUGACGCCAUUUAAAUAUCUCCCUAAGUGGUCCAACAAUGAUAUUUUGAGUAGACAGAUGGCUGGUAGAUAGGAACGAGUCUUUACAUAUAUUACACUUCGUGCCUAAAUAUAAGUGUAAUUUAUUUGAAUGUAAAAUAAAAUGUAAUUAUUUUUUUUCUCAUUCUUUACUUCAAUUUAUUUAUUACAAUAAAAUACUUUUAAAGAAAUUAUA